AUGCACCGCGCCGGACGCGCGCGUCUCGGAGUGCGCGACGUGCGAUGGUACGCGGCGGUUGCGCCCGCAAGGGCGUGUACCAUCGCUGCAGAGUCGCGGAGCGUGCGUGCGUUGAUGGACGCAUGUGUAGGGCGCGGCCAGUGGCGCGUGCGCCAAAGUGUUGCGCACCGCCUGGCCGACCUGCCGCUGUUGGACGGUGCCGAGGCGGUGCGGCGCAUGGAGACGGCGCUUGGUGCACGCGGCGUGCGUCAAGCGCAAUUUCUCGACUGGUACAAUGCGAUGACGCGGCCGACCUUUGCAGAAGCGGUGCCGCUGCUGGAAAAGUAUGCAGCGUUGCCGCCGUUUGUGCUGCAGCGUGCACUGACCAGGGUCAGUAGCGUUGCGGAAACUACAGAUGCGGUGCGAAUUGCUGCGCGGCAUUGCGCGGCAUACAGUGUUGAUAACGCCACGCGUAUGUACAGUAACUUGCUCGAUACCUGUCUCCGCGAACAGCACGCAUGGCACGUCGCUGCGCCGCUCACAUCCCUAGUGCUCGAUGCCGCCCAUGCAUGGCUCAACAAGAAAUGGCAUGCACGACCGCAAGAGGCGCAGCAGCUCAUCCAGAAAAUGGCGGCUAUUCUGCUCGCCGGUGCCGACGACCGUGCGCGGAAGGCAUUUGUGCGGGUGCUUUCCAUGGCGCGCGCACACCUGCCCGAAACAGCCGUAUGGAUUGAGGCGCAGGUGCUGCACCCGCGGCAUGUGCGCCGGCGGGGCGAGCGGCGUGCAACCAGCUCGCUGCUGAACGUCGCCGUGAUGCAAGCGCUCCUACACGAUGCUUCUCCGCAGCAUGCACAAGCGCUCAUUGCGCUCGGCGUGCGUGUCGCUGCCACGCACCGGGAUCCAGCGCAAGCCAAGGCGUGGUUUGGCGCGCUAGCACACACCGCCGGAGCGCCCACCACAGCAUUCCUCCGCGCGCUCGCACACUCGCACGACGGCGCAGAUAUCCAGCGUGCUUGGGCGCUCUUUGAUACAUACGCUGCCGCAGGUGCGCACCAUGCAGCACCGCUCGCAGACUGGAUGCUCAUGCUGCGUGCUGCGGCAGGAGAUGCGCGGAUCUCUGCCGCGCACGCCCUUGCGCUGGUCCAGCUGCGCACCGAUGAUACCCCUUUCGAGCAGAUGCAAGCGAUGGCUGCACAAUGGCACGCCCCGCCAGACGUGCAAGAUCGCUUGUGCAGCUCGCUGGUUGCGCACACUGCCGUCCUGGACGGUUUCCUUGCGCGGAACAAUGUGCCGAUGGCGUACGCAGUGUGGGACGCCAUGCUCCGCCGCAACAUUGCUCCCGAUACGGUGGCGCUCGUGUCGCUGUGCAAGCUGCAUUUUCGCGCGGGCUCGCCGCGCGAAGCGCUCGAAGCGAUCGUGCAGUGGUGCCAGCAUGGACAGCAGCUUCCGACCAAAGAAACGGGAGCGCUUGUGCUUGACAAGGCGCCGCAAGCGGCGCAUGGCCGACGACGGCGCGUAACACCAAGCACCUACCUUGCCAAUACGAUCCUCCAAGGUCUUUUGCAGCACGGCGCGUACCGCACCCUGUUCCAUGUAUGGCAGACGCUGGUGCCCGUCUUGCACGUCCGCCCCGACGUAGCCUCGCUCGAUCUCUUGCUUGCCGCUGCGAUUGCGGCGGGCGCAGACCAGGAGCAGCCGUAUGCAUACAUGGCCCGCGCCAUGUUCCGCCGUGCGCUGUUUAUACAGCACCCAGCACUGCAGACGAUGUCUAGCAUGCUCGAUAGCCCCACACAAAACUGGCUUCUGCGCGGCGAGCAGCAGCUGCGGCGCUGGGAGCGGUGGCUCGAGGACCGUUUCGCGCAUUUCUUCACUCGCCAGCAAGGCAUGCUGGAGACGGUUGAGCCCGUGCAUGUAAGCUUUGAUGCCCGCGUGAUGCACCGCUAUAGUAUGCUCUUGCUUGCGAUGCUGCAGGGGCGCGGCGCGUCGAGCGACUUGCCGCUUGCGGUUGUGCGCGACGAACUGUUCCGCAUUCCCCGCUGGAUGCAAGCGCUUGAUUUGGCGCCGCAGCGUGAGACGCAGUGUUUGUGGUUCAGUGCACAGGACGCGAUGCUCCCGCCUGGCGUCGCUAUGCGCCGCGAAAAGACGCCGCUGUACACCGGCCUCGCCGCAUGGCUCGGCGAAGAGGCACUGCCGAGUGCGGAGGAAAUCGGCGCGUGGUACAGGGGGUGCGAAGGAGGAUAG